AUGGCACGAGUUCCUCCCUCUCUAACAUCUAUUCCCCAUGAGAUCCUAGAUCAUGUGGUAUCGUUUCUUACCACUCAAGACACGGCCCAUCUGGCACGCACUACGAGGUACUUGAAAGUCAAGCUAGAACUAUCGCUUUACAGGAACAUCAAUAUAGUUUGGCCUCUCUACGGAGAUGGUUGUCGAAAGAUUGAUCGUGAUCCUUUGCCACCAUUAAGAUCCCUUCUGCAGAGACUUCUUGAGGCUCCCCGGCUGGUUGAAGUUGUACAGAGUAUCAACAUACGAACGACGAAGAUCGAAGGCCACCCGGAGGCAUAUUUCAUGCCCAACAGCAUAAUACGUCGCCGGUCACGUCCUCGGACUGAAGUCACAACUCUUCACAAAAAUGCCAUCCGGGCUGCCGGUCUGCGAGAUCCCGUGAAAUGGGUAGUUGAGCUAAAUACGAACAACUUCGAUGCGUAUCUCGCCCUAAUUCUGAGCCUCUGUCGAAACAUUCAAAGUAUCGAAAUUGGCACGGGACUACUCUGGAAUAAUAGACUUUUGCCUGAAAUGUUCGAGAGCAUGGUUGCAAUGCACACUGCAAAUGGAGAUGCGAACUACCAGCUGUUUCCCCAGUUACAGUUCCUUGAUCUAGGCGAGACGAGCCGGAGGAUCUGUUGGGAAGAAGGCAGCCCCUACUUCUCUGAGCCCGGACUCUACCAAAGGUAUCCCAAAAUUGAUUGGUACCUCUCGUUGCUUAGAGCAAAGCGGUUGGUUCACAUACGGCUUGCCCUCUGCUGGUCGUUCAUUAAGACAUCGGAUCCACGACUUGUCAAGAACCAACAUCUCACAUACGUUAAGUCACUUUGUUUGGUCUUGGGUCCAUACUCGCCUGGGAAUCUCAAGUGGUUACUUGCGAGAGUUCCUUCCCUGAAAAAACUUGAAUAUGAUCAAGCAGCCCUUUCCACAAUGAAAGAAUCUCUCAAUAGAUACGACACUAUACAGGAUAAUUUGUUGGUAGUCAAGGAUUCAUUAGAGCAUCUUCGCUUAACGGUUUGUUCCUGGUACCAUCCCACGCUUCCUCCUGUGGCCCACCCACCCGCGUCGUUUUCCUCGCUCUCCCAUACCCCUCUCAAUUUCAAGCCUCUCUGCCAUCUGAGGACUCUACACAUCUCCCUAGCCUCACUUUCCGGGAUCCCGCUAUCAAUCUUCAUCUACGAAAACCUCAGUGAAAGAGACUUCAUAGUUCUCAAUCGACAGAUCUUCGACCCCACGUUCUGGCACUGUCUCCCGGAGAGUCUCGAGCAUCUGGUUCUCUUCGAGAGGAAUUGGUAUAAGAGUUUCCGAGAGGAGCAUUGGAGCAUGGGUGAGUUUCUCUUAAUGACCCUGACUGUCAUCCUCUUGAACCAGGACUGGAGAGCUGUUACGCCUCACCUACAACGUAUUGAUGUCGACGCCAGUGCGAACAAAAAUAUCUUCUUACCGGAGGAGGAGAGGGAUUUCGUGCUCGUCUGUGAAGAUCAGGGCCUGGCUUGCAAUUUCAUAGAUUCGAGUGUGCAGUGGGACAAGCUCUGAGGACAUGGCUUUCGUCGAGCAAGGGUGUCUCUACGAGGCCUUUCUUGUUGUAUCUGCACAAUGUUUACUUUGUGGCGGUAAAUCAGGAAGACAAAGACAUUGUGUGUUAUGUCCAGCGAGGGAGUAAUUGACGCUUGGAUAAGGCGAAGUUCAUGGCAGGCCAACCACAUAUUCCUAGAAGUGUAUGCACGCAAUUCCAAUCAAGACACUAAUUCAACACGAUUUGAUUGAGCUUUUGUCAAUGUUAGUGGAUAAACCUCUCAUAUAUGUUGCUAAUAGGUA